AUGGGCAGUUGUGCAAGCUUGUGCUCUCAUUCAGAGGUGGUCAUUAAUGAUGCCACACCGAUUUCGGAACCCUUCCAUCAUGAUACUCUCACACACAUGGAAGCAGAGGGAGAUGCCUCCACCAAAGUUAAUGCUGAUAUUGAAACUCAUAUCUCAGAUUCACCGACUUCCGUAACAUGCUCAGAUUUCGCGCUUUCUCUUUCUUCUGUUGCUUCCUCUCCCGAGCGUACGAGUCCACGUAUUCAAACAGAAAGAGUAAGCACAGGAAUCACCAAGAAACCUUCAACGAUUAGAAAUCAAUCCAUUCCUUUCAUUCUCAUCAAUGAGGUAGCAGGAAAUAGAACAAAAUUCAGUGAGAAGAGAGCAAACUCGUCCUUCCUCCAAGUACCUGUGCACUGA